CGACCUUUAUGGGGUACAGCCCAAUUGUUUUUGCAUCCUCGUUACAUGCAUGGUGGUGCUACAAGCUCUGAAUUAGGAGUUUAUGCAUAUGCUGCAGCUCAGGUCAAGAAAACCAUGGAGGUGACACAUUAUUUGGGUGGGGAAAAUUUUCUCUUCUGGGGUGGACGUGAGGGUUAUCAAUCUCUCUUGAAUACUGAUAUGGAAAGAGAGCUUAAUCAUUUGGCAAGAUUUCUUGAAGCAGCUGUUGCCUACAAGAAGAAGAUUGGAUUCAUUGGAACUCUGCUGAUUGAACCCAAGCCUCAAGAACCAACCAAGCACCAGUAUGACUGGGAUGUUGCAACAACAUCUAACUUCUUGAGAAAAUAUGGCCUCAUUGAUGAGUUUAAGCUGAAUGUUGAAUGCAACCAUGCUACCCUCUCUGGUCACAGCUGCUAUCAUGAGCUUGAAACUGCACGAAUCAGUGGUUUGCUAGGAAAUAUUGAUGCAAACACUGGAGAUCCUCAGAUUGGUUGGGAUACAGAUCAGUUCAUGACAGAUGUUGCAGAGGCAACUUUGGUUAUGCUAAGUGUGAUAAAAAAUGGAGGAUUAGCACCAGGAGGAUUCAACUUCGAUGCCAAAUUACGAAGGGAGAGCACAGAUGUUGAGGACUUAUUCAUUGCUCACAUUGGUGGAAUGGAUACCUUGGCCCGUGGCCUUCGAAAUGCUGCCAAGCUGAUCGAGGAUGGUACUUUGGCAGAGCUUGUUCAUAAGAGAUAUGCCAGUUUUGACACAGAGAUUGGAGCACAAAUUGAGGCUGGUAAGGCUGAUUUUGAAAUGCUUGAGAAGAAAGUUAUGGAAUGGGGAGAACCCAAGGUUCCUUCUGCUAAGCAGGAACUUGCCGAGAUGAUUUUCCAAUCAGCAAUAUAAAAGACCAAGCUUAUCACUAGCAUAUAGCGAGUAUUUUGCCAGUAUGAAUAAUGCACGAGUACUUCGCCCAUAAGAAUUAUGUAGAGUAUUUUGCCAUAGUUCAAAUUAUAGCCGCAUCUGUACUGAAGCAUAAAACUUUUACCUAAUCUAUAUAUCCCCGUAAAUUUUUAUUAGUCUAAUAUCACGUUUUAUAAUGGGUUAUAAUAUUAGAAAUGUUUUGUGCUAUCUAACCGUUGAAUGGGGUAAGCCCCUCGAUAAAGCCUCUUUUCCAUC